CAGGACUCUGGAAUCAGCUGUGUUGUUAAACGUUUUCUAGAAAUUUAAGCAAACAUUUUAGAAAAUAAAUAUUAACAAAUAAAUAAAUUAAUUAUAUUAAGCAGAGAAGUAAAAUAAAAUAAACCGGCAACAUGUCUUAUAUGUUACCUCACUUACACAAUGGCUGGCAAGUCGAUCAGGCCAUUCUAUCUGAGGAAGAUCGUGUAGUGGUCAUACGUUUUGGCCACGAUUGGGAUCCGGCCUGUAUGAAAAUGGACGAAGUCUUAUAUAGUAUAGCAGAGAAAGUGAAAAAUUUCGCUGUCAUUUAUUUGGUGGACAUUACAGAAGUUCCUGAUUUUAAUAAAAUGUAUGAAUUGUAUGAUCCCUGUACGGUUAUGUUUUUCUUCCGUAAUAAACAUAUUAUGAUUGAUUUGGGUACUGGUAAUAAUAACAAAAUCAAUUGGCCUCUAGAAGAUAAACAAGAAAUGAUUGAUAUUGUAGAGACAGUAUAUCGGGGUGCCCGUAAAGGUCGCGGUUUGGUGGUAUCACCUAAGGAUUAUUCAACAAAGUAUAGAUAUUAAGGAGUACUAGUAGUAUUUAAGAUAUUUUAGUUUUUUAUUAGUAUUUGGUAAAUAAAAAUAAAGAAAUUUAAAAAAAGUGUAUUUUGUAUCUUUAUUUUAAAUAAAAAAUAAAACAACUUUUUUGAUGA